UAGCAUAUCUUUUUAGAAAAAGACUUCAGGUGAUGAAUAUCCUACACACCACUAGGUUGAAGAUAGCAGUAAUGCUAACGCUGGCAAGCAAACUGAAGCGGGAUGAUGGUGUCAAAGGGCCCCGUACAUCCAACCCAGCUUCUGAUUCUACUCGGAGAGUGUCUAUUAGAGAUAAAUUGCUUGUAAAAGAAACAUGGAAACUGCACAGCUCUGCACUGCUGUCUUGUGUUUCGAGCACAGCAUGCAUGAUCCUACGGCAUUUGCAGAGCCUCAAGAAGAAUCAUAGGGAACAUGACAAUUUUUUGGCGGUCAGUUGGUGGUGAGACAUAGAGAAAACCAAUUCAGGGUUGUUGGUGGGAUUCAUGGAGCAGCUGCAAAUGGUGGAGCACCACUUCUGGGCCCAAGAAACAAACACUGACUGGCGGGAUCGUAUCGUAAUGCAGGUUUGGGAUGACGCGCAGUGGUUGCAGAACUUUCAGAUGCACAAUGCCACAUUCCUAGAUCUGUGUCCUGAACUUGCCCAAGGAAUCCACUUCAGGGACACCAAAAUGAGAGCUGCACUGACAGUGGAGAAGGGAGUGGUGAUCACACUGUGGAAACUUGCAAUCCAGAUUGCUGUCAGUCAGUAGGAGGUCAUUUGGAGUGGGAAAAAUCCACUACAUGGGACAUUGUCAUGCAUGUGCGCAGGGCCAUUAAUUGUCUCCUGCUAUUCAGGACUGUGAUUCUGGGAAUGAACAGGACAUAAUUGAUGGCUUUCGAGCUAUGGGUUUACUGAAUUAUGGUGAAGCAAUAGACAGCGCAUACAUCCUCAUUUUGGCCCAGAGCCCUUGCCACAGAAUACAUCAACAGAAAGGGUUACUUUUCCAUGGUUAUGCAGGCGCUGGUGGAUCACCUGGGAUUCUUCACAGACAUCAUGUUGGCUUGUCAGAGAAAGUGCAGGACACUCGCAUCUUUAAGAACACAGGACUGUUCAGAAAGCUACAAGUGGGGAACCAUCUUUCCCACAGAUGGAUUAUUACCACUGGUGAUGUUGAAAUGCCAGGAGUGAUCCUGGGG